AAUACACUUCUUCGCUCUUUUGCUCAUUCUCUAACUUGAAUUCAACUCGCGAAGGUGCGACAGUGUCCCGGCUGUGGUAAGGUGCCGACCGUCAUGAGCGGACAACGUCAACACGGCAAGCGGCAAAACCGUACGUCUGAUAGAGCGGAUAAAGAUCCCAACUGGAGCAGGCAACCGCGGUCUAAGCUUGCCGAUCCUUCAGUAAAUUCCAUGCCCGCCGCCUCCAGCUCUCCUGCGCAGCAGCCGUCUCUUACACCUCACGAAGAAUGUGUAGCAUACUUUCGACGAGAGUGGCAGCAGUUCAGUCAUGAAUUGGAUAUGGCUAGGAAAGAGGACCCGAAUGCAAAGAUAGAACGUUACAUUAAAAAAGGAACUGAGAAAUUGACAGGAUUUCGACCAUUUGAUAUCGAUGGCUAUCUAGCAAAUCGAAAGUCGGAUGUAUCAUAGUAAUAAAUACAAAGUUUUGUUGAGAAGAGCAGACUUAUACAUGGAACUAGUUCUUUGGGACAUUAGUAGUUGUUACAGCAGUACUGUAGCAGUUGACAUCUCUAACGUGUAUGUAUGAACUAUGCUACAGACCUUUGGCUUGUGUGUAGGUUGUGUAUGCAUCUACACACAGUACAUGACUGUACACCAUGUGUACCAAAUUGUUGUGUUUGUGUGACUAGUUACAUUGGAUUUGGUUUGUUUACAUAUGUUUUCUUCUUAAUAAUUAUUUUGAGAUUCUA